AUGGCCUUGCAGGUUCCGGGUUCGAAGCUUUCCCGGUCGGGGCCUGGACUUUUGAAGCCGGCCGCUAACGCUAAACCGUUACUGACACUAUCUGAUCAUGACUGCUUAAAAACACCGACAAUGAGUGAUAUGUUGAAGACUCCAACAAUUCUUGGAUCACCAACGAAAUCGGCUCCGCUAACGAUUGAUGGAACACCGCGGAUCCAUCACUUCAACGGUAUCGCACCGCAAAAUAAUCAGGCGUUUUUCGGCGACCAUGAGCCGCUGCUGACAGCAUCAUCAUCGCAAAAUGGUGAAGGUUGUCAUAAAAACGAGAAAACAACGAUACAGUUUAAGGGAUCAAUCACUACAAAUCUACCAGUUAAUCUUACGUCUGGUGUGAGUUCGCCAGGUAAAUAUUUUGUUCAUCCUACAUCGCUAUUUAACGUUUCUAAUCUGAAACUUAUAGUUUCCAUUUUAGGGUUGUCUGCGUCAAUGUUUCAGUUUUCUCCAAUGGUUGAGCAUUUUUUGCAGUCACUAUCUAAGUUCAACGUGUUCGAGUACCAGUCUACAUCCGGUGAUGUUAAGUACUCGCAACGAAAUGUGAAGGUUCCGAUUCACGAGCGACCCUACAAAUGUCCUCGUGACGACUGCGAUCGCCGGUUUUCACGGAGUGAUGAGCUCACACGGCACAUUCGCAUCCAUACUGGACAAAAGCCCUUCCAGUGUCGAAUUUGUUUACGAGCGUUUUCACGAUCCGAUCAUUUGACGACACACGUUCGUACGCAUACUGGUGAAAAACCAUUUUCUUGUGACGUGUGUGGCAGGAAGUUCGCUCGAAGCGAUGAACGUAAACGUCAUACGAAGGUCUGUAGUACUAUUGUGCGGUAUAUAAGUGCUGUGCAAAAGAAAAAAAAACAUUUUGUAUUGGCAUAUGAAACUUUUGGAGCGAGUUAA